AUGUCGGCAGCCAACUCUCACAAUCAGGAAAUCUCUCGGGUUCAAGUGCUCGGGGAGACUAGACACGAUGAAAUCGAACUAUCUAGAGAGCUGCCUUUAUUCUCUGGCAAUAUUGAAGCAGGAGUUCCAACACAAGAAAGACUAGAAGGAGCACUUCCCUACAGCCAGCAUGUUCAGCCCGAGCUCGACGAUCAGUCCAGCCGUCUACCGUUUCGUCGGCUCAUUCUGGCGUACUCGUGCUUGGCGGCGAUAUACUUUAUCCAGUCUCUCGACAUCAACGCAGUGGCGACGGCAUUGCCGGUCGUCUCGAGGGCUCUAGGCGCCGGGAAUAGCAUUACUUGGACGGCAACGGCUUAUCUCAUGGGGCAGACGGCUUUUCAACCGCUGUACGGACGUCUCUCUGAUAUUUUUGGCCGCAAGCCAGUCCUCAUGACAUGUAUCGGCUUCGUCAUUGUGGGCGACAUCCUUUGCGGAUUUGCGCAAAACGUGAUUUGGCUAUACAUUUCGCGAGCACUCAGCGGCGUUGGCGGCGGCGGCAUCAGCUCGCUGGUGCAGAUUGUCGUCAGCGACCUGGUGAGCCUCAAGGCCAGGGGGAAAUAUCAGGGCAUCAUCAGCGGCACCAUUGGGCUGGGCGCCUGCACCGGCCCGUUCAUUGCAGCGCGCAUGAUCGGUAGUAGUAAUCAGGACAACACGAGCGAUCAUGGCUGGAGGUGGAUCUUUUGGAUACCUCCGAUCCUCGCUGCCGUCUGCAUGGCCAUGAUGUGGGUGUUUUUGCCCUUGAAGCCGGUCCAGGGCAACUGGAAAGAAAAGAUUGCCAAGAUUGAUUGGUAUGGACUGGGCGCUGCCGUCGUAGCUGUGUCCCUGCUGCUGAUACCCAUUAACUCUGGAGGCAGUAUUUGGCCGUGGAAUGGCUCUCUGGUCAUCACCCUCCUAUCCAUUGGAGGAGUUUUCGUCGUCAUUUUUGCCAUAAUCGAAAAACGCAUUGCCAAGAUCCCAUUAAUACCGUUACGCUUAUUUAGUCAAGCAUCCACGGCUAUCCUCAUCAUCACAAGCGGUGUUUAUAACCUCGUGUGGCAGGUGGAUAUUUAUUUUCUCCCCAUAUACUUUCAGGACGUCAGAGGCUUCAGCCCCCUUCAGUCCGCAACGCUGGUGUUGCCCUUACUGCUACUUCAGAGUGUAGCCGGAGCAUUAUCGGGUGUCUUGAUGACGAAAUGUGGAAGAUAUGGCCCCGUCAUGUAUCCUGGCAUGGCAUUGUGGGUGUUAGGUGCCGGGUUGAAAGUCAUUUUUUCAAGGACAACUCCGGUUUGGGUUUAUGUAGUAGUUCUUUUCCUAGAAGGUGCAGGCAUAGGAUUCGUUCUACAACCAGCACUGGUCGCACUGCAGGUCCUGUGCAAGCCCGAGGACCGUGCAGUCUGUACUUCAACCCGGAAUCUCCUCCGUAUGCUUGGUUCUGUCAUUGGUAUGGCAGUCUCAACAGCAGUGCAGAGUGCCGUUACGAUUGCGUCGGUCCCCGAAGAUGUCCCGCCCGAGUUUAGAUCGCAAGUUGCGGAUGGGACUUGGCAGCAAGGCUCUGGCUGGGACUCACAAAUCCUCGAUGCAAAGAUGAAGGGUGUCCGUGCCGUCUUUAUCUUGCUCGUACCCCUGAUGGGCAUCUGCCUUUUGGGCUGUUGCCUCGUGCCAGAUCGCAGGUUGAGAGGAGACGAGAAGAUCGCGGAAGCGCCCAAGAGGCCAGGGUCAAAGACGUGA